AGAACCUGUAAUAAUAUGUAAAUAGUAAAUAAUAAAUAAAUACUUAAAAAAGAAUCUUUUCUAUAGAAAGGAAUAAAUAAUAAAGUUAAAAAUCAUGAAUGAAGAGCAAAGUUUAUCUUAUAGUUCUUUUAGUAGCAUUUGUCGGACUUGUUUGACCUACGAUGAAGUUCUAUUUUCCAUAAAAGAUGUUCAGUAUGAAGAAAUUUAUUUAAAAGACAUUGUGAAUGAUUGGACUUCCUUAAAGGUUUCAUUAGAAGAUAAACUUCCACAGCAAAUGUGCAAACCCUGCGUUAAAAUGAUGUACCAAAUAUAUAAAUUUCUUUCAAAAUGUAAAACUUCAGAAACAUGUCUAAAGGAUGUUUUAAAGAAACAUAUUGCAACAGAAGAGAGUGAUGGAGAAACUAAGUUAGAAAAUGUUGAUGUAAAAUCCAGCAAUUUGAUAAUCAAUGAAAAUGAUAAUUAUUUUGCUCAUUCUGAGGUUGAAAUAAAAGUUGAUAAUACUAGUGAUGAUAGUGAUACUGAUGGUCUUGCUGAACAAGUAAGUGAUGAGGAGUUGGAAAAUGGUGAAACCUCAGAUAAGUUUGAUGAUGAUGGGGAUGAUAGUAAGCAAACUACAAAGAAAAGAAGAGCUAGGAAUAAAACUAAAAUUAUGCGAAAGUUGAUAUCCAAAGCAGAUGGGUCAGCAAGCAGUAAAAGGACAUAUACAAUCAAAAAAGGACCAUUUAAGUGCAUUACAUGUAGUUCAAUCUUCCAAAGCUACGAAGAAUUAAAGGUUCACAAGAUAGAAACCAAACACAAAAAGUCCCUUAAAUACACAUGCAGUUACUGUGAGAAGAAAUUUGAUGCAUUUUGUAAAUAUGAGGAGCAUGUCCGAACUCACACUGGUGAGAAACCAAACAAAUGUACAACCUGCGGGAAGUGUUUUAAUUUCAAGACCGACUUAAAGAGGCACAUGGUUAUGCAUAUGGAAGUGAAACCUUACACUUGCCAGUUUUGUGAGAAAGGCUUUGCAAGGCGACAAUACCUCAUAGACCACGAAAGAAAACACACUGGUCAACAACUCUUAUUAUGCCCCUUUUGUGGUAAAGGCUUUCAUUCUUAUUCAACACUGUCAUAUCACGAGAAGAUGCAUAUAGGACCUAAAGGAAGCGUCCGUAACCCACUUCAAGAGGACAGACUGUAUCAAUGCAAUAUAUGUGAGAAAACACUGCUCACAAAACAUACGUUAAAGUCGCAUAUUUUAUUACACGGACCGAAGAACUUCAACUGUGAUAUUUGUGGGAAAACUUAUAUAACCACAAACAGAUUGCAAGAUCAUAAAAAAAUAGCUCAUCAAGAAAAUACUUAUUCAUGUCAUAUUUGCCAAAAAGAGUAUAGGCAAAAGACCGGGCUUCAGGUACACAUGAAAUCACAUUUUGGACAAAACAACUAUAUAUGUGACGAAUGCGGUAAGCACUUUUCGUGCAAGGGUAGCCUGUAUCAGCAUAAAAGAGUUCAUUCAGGCGAUACUAAAUAUCAAUGUAAGGAAUGCUUUCACAUAUGCCUCAACAAACGUCACCUAGAAAACCACCAGCGGAUUCACACUGGCGAGAAACCGUUUGCUUGCAGUUAUUGCGGCAAACAAUUCGCCCAAAAGGCGAACAUGCAGGCACAUACUAAAAUUCACACGCAUGAACGAAAUCAUGUUUGUAAGGUGUGUGAUAAGGCGUUUUAUGACAGUAGAGGCCUGAAAAAACAUAUGGGGAUUCAUGAGAAAGAUGACAGAAAUGGGGUUGAUUAGGGUCAUAAAUAUUAAGUAAAUUAAUGUAUAGGAAUGCAUGUAUUUAUUCAUUUGUGGUUCUGUAUUAGGUGUUAUAUAUUUAAUAGAAAGGUAUUGUAAUUCGUGGAGAAGUAUGGGAGCUUGAAGGUCAGUUAAAUAAUGUUCUUGGCUGUUUACUGCUUAAAGUAUGAUUUUUUUUUGUAAAAUUAUGUAGUAUAAAGAUUUAGGUUAAUAAUAAAUAAUUAUAUUGACGACUUAAACGUGCAAUUUUAAUUUAUUCAUUAUCUCCCAUACUUCUGCAUCUACCCUGUACAUAAGCGGAUGUGAAAAUGUAAAUAUCUUAGAUUAUUUAUUUUAUUUUUAAAGAAUUUAGCACGGAAUAUAAGAUGAAAAAAUAAUAAUUUAGUCUGUCUUUUUCGUGUAUAACUUUAAAACAAGGAGAUUUUUUGUUACUUUUUAGCUGUUUUCAGUAUUUUACUAUGUAUUGUAUUUUAUUUUUUAAUUUUACAUAA